AUGAAAGUAGAAACUUUAGUUAUGAAAAUAAUAGAAGCUAUUGAUACAGCUUCCCCAACUGUAAUAACUUUCAAUGGUAAAAAAAUCAACAUAACUAAAAAACUUAUUGAUAAAUAUAAAUAUUGUAAAGUCAGAGACGAUAUAGACUUUAAAAGAAUUGACGCCAACGCAAAAGAAGGUGGAUUUUUACCUUUCCUUCUACCAUUAAUAUUUGGUGUUAUUGCAGCGGCGGGUGCAGCAACUGGUGGAAUAUCUGCCGCAGUCAAAGCUGCCAACGCAAAGAAAGCAGCUGGUGCUAAAGCCGCUGAAGAACGUAGACAUAAUUUAAUAAUGGAAAAGGAAGCCAAAGGUUCAGGAGAGGGAGAUAUGAUAGGUACAAUAAAAGAAUUUGGAAAAAGAUUUGGGGAAGAAACCAAGAAAACUGUUAAACAAGGAUUAAAUAAAUUAGUAGAUAGUAUUGACACAGGAGAAGUCAAAGUCAAACAUAAGCGUAAUGGAAUAUUUUUAAAAAAUAUACAAACUGGAGAAGGAAUAUAUCUUUCAAAGUAUAAAGGAGAAGGAGUUAUUUUUGGAACAAAUUAA